AUGAGGGUUGUUCAUAAAGAGCAGUCUGAGAUCACUAUGGACUAUGUAAACCUCCCCGAUGCUUCUGCCAGAGGUCUUGCCUCAAACAGCCGCUCUGGUGAACACGGUGAAGUGACUGCUGCAGCAUCUGGGAGAAAACUGUACAGACUUGUUGCUGUGAGCUUUGGACUCCUGUGUAUCUUACAAGCUGCUCUCAACAUUUCACUGCGUCUGGCUCUCUACAGUUCAGGUAGUAAGACAACAGGUACUGAGGCCAAUUGCAAAAACCUGACUGAUGAGCUGAAGAGAAAACUCAUUGACUUUGAUCACUAUUUCCAAGAAGGGUGGGUGUAUUUCCAUCCUAGUCUCUAUUACAUUUCCUCUAUCAAGAAAACCUGGCAAGAGAGUAGAGACGACUGUCACCAAAGAGAUGCAGACCUGGUGAUUAUCAACAGCAAAGAAGAGCAGGAUUUCACAAGAAAAUUCCACAAGCUCACAUGGAUCGGACUGACUAAGAGAGAGACAAUAUGGAAAUGGGUGGAUGGGACUCAGCUGACCAAAAGCUACUGGAGCCCUGGGGAACCCAACGGAUAUGAAGGCAAAACUGAAGACUGUGUAGAAAUAAGGUUCCAUGACAAGGAAAACAGCUGGAAUGAUAUACCAUGUAAAGAUCAAAACUUCUGGAUCUGUGAAAAGAUGGUGUCUCUGUAACGCAAGCUGGAAAGUCCCUUAGAGGAGGAUGAUGUAACAACUUCACUGCAGCAGACGCUAAUUUCUUAUUUUAUGAACACAGCUGUAAUGCUUGCCUGAAUACACUGCCAUGCUUGUAUGGUUAUCUUACUGAAAAGUGAUAAUUAUUGGGCUGGAUGUAAAGUGUGAAAACUACUUCCAUCUGUAAUUUAGAAAACCAUAGAGCUGAGAGUUUUGAUGGAGGCUCAGUCUUUAUUUAGCCACUCUGACUUGUUCUUACGUCGGUUUUUCAUCCAGAACAGCAGCUCUCACCAGCUGUCCAGCUGCUAGCUUGUAGUUCUUGUCCUGUUUAACAGACAGCAUUACGGCCGGGUCUGCAUUGUAAAAAAAAAUGUAUCUCAAGAGGCUUCCAUGUUAAAUGGAGGUUAAAUUAGAAAAAAAUUACUGCUGCCUACUGCUCUUAAAAUCUCUAAACUGUUCUUUGUCUUCUGCACCUAAUGUGUGAUGCAAGAAUCACCACCAGUUAAGACUUAGAUACACUUGUCACCAUGAGACCUCAUUGCCUACAA